CCCACUGUGAGCCAUGCACGUGUUCUUGAUUUGGCUUCUUUUAACGUGGCAUUUUGCGUGUAAAACAACUCUUACAUUCGACAUUUCAUGUUGGGUCGUGUUCUCAUACAUACAUGGAUUCCCUUCACGAGUCAACAAUUUGGUGUGGACUACUGUAGUGUGGACUGCUGUGUGGGCGACUGUGGGUACACGCGCGAGGAGACAGAGAUGGCAGUCAUGAAGAGUGCUCUUCCUUCCAUCGCCAUACCGGAGCCCGAUAACCUGGCCUGCUAUAUCAUGAAAGGUUUUCACGGCUAUGGCAACCGAGCCGCAUUGAUAACGCCGGCACAGGUGAGAGUACACCUACAUAAACAGCACGUCAACUACGCCGAGAUGAGUCGCCAGCGGCCUGAGCAAGCGAUGUUCUGCAGAGCAACGUGGCUGGCCAUCUAA